GGGGGCACGACCGACGGGGUGAACUCCCUGACGGCCGUGUGUUGAGGCUGCAGCUGGAAGAUCAGAAUGACCGAUAAAACCGACAUAAUGGCCGACAGAAUCCCCAGUAGAGACAAAACGACGACGGACCGCUGACUGUUGUAAUCUCCGCUGACACAGACGCAAACUUCUUCCUAUUGGGUCGGACGCCUCCCGCGCGUCCAUUGAUGUGCAAGUGCCUUCGACGAGUGUGAGCAGAGUCAGCUGAACCACAGAAGCGAUGGGAAGAAAGAAAAUACAGAUUUCUCGCAUUCUGGACCAGAGGAACCGGCAGGUGACGUUCACCAAACGCAAAUUCGGCCUGAUGAAAAAGGCGUACGAGCUGAGCGUGCUGUGCGACUGCGAGAUCGCGCUCAUCAUCUUCAACAGCACCAACCGCCUCUUCCAGUACGCCAGCACCGACAUGGACAAAGUGCUGCUCAAGUACACCGAGUACAGCGAGCCGCACGAGAGCCGCACCAACACCGACAUACUGGAAACUCUGAGGAGGAAAGGCCUCGAUCUGGAAGCCUCGGAGCUCGAAGGCGAGGAGAGCAUGCAGGUGACCGGCCAAAAAUAUCAAUAUGGCGACGGCGUGGACCUGUCGGCGGGCCGCCAGCGUCUUUAUGCUCCGCCCCCGCGCUCCCCGGAAGCCCAGUUCCUGGCGUCGGAGAGCGGCUUCCCCGUCGCGUCCGGACCCGGCGUGGCCCCCCACAGGCCCCCGGCCUUUAAAUGCGCCAGCCCGGGCCCGCCAGCAGCUCACGCCUCCUUCUUGCCUCAUCACUCAGGUAUCGGCUACUCCGUCUUCUCCCACGUGAGCCGAGGGCUCGACCCCAAGGCCUCGCCUCGUGCGUCCCCUCUUACCCCGCAGGGAGACGCGGCCAGUCAGAGCUCACGCGCCGGCCGGAACCCCGCCGUCAGCAGGGGGGUCUUGUACCAGACGGGCCUGAGCAAGGCUGGGCUGCUUGGCCACGCUCUGGCCGGUUACGGCCUCGCCUCCACCGGAGCGUCUGAGUACAGUCAACCGGGUUUCUAUCACUCUAUGAGUCUGCAGCGAGGAGCCGUAAACUCCUGGCAAUCAGUGCAGACCGCACAGCAGCUCCACGGAGCGCACAUCAAUCAAGGGAUGUCCACCGGGGUCUGCCCUUUCCCCUCUCCGACUUUCCCCUCCACCUUGAGGCAUCCCCCCUGCCUCGGCGUGCAGGUCAAAUCCGAACGCAGCUCCCCUGAGCAGCACAUGACCUCUCCCGCCCCCUCCCCGCUCCCUGGCCUCGGCCGGGACCAGUCGCCCGCCAGCAGGCCCGGCUCAUCCCGCCGCAGCCCCCCGGAAACCGGGUCCGGGACCUUCUUGCGCGACCGCGAGGACGGAGGCAUGCCCGAGUGUGACGGAUGGCAGAGAUAGCUGCGCACGCACCGGAAGCUUCAUUAGCUACCCGCGCACAAUCUCGUGACAUUCAAAGCAAAACUAAGGCAAGUGGACCUCGAAGCGCACGGCGGGAGACCACCGCAAUGUGUACGACAGAAACCAUCAAGAAUUUGGUCAGUGACAUCAUUCUUAAAAUUAAGAUUAUUAUUAGUAGUAUUUUAACAAAAAUAGAAAGAAUUACAAAAUACAUUAGUAAAUAAAAAUAAAAACAUUAUAAAAUACUUUAAUGAUGGAUAAAUUAAUAAAUAUGAUUAUUCUUUUAAAUCAUAAUUAAUUUAACUAAGUAAUUUAAAAUAAAGAUAUAACAACGUAAAUAAAAAAUAUUAAAUUGCAAAUAUGAAAUUUGCCCUGAUAAACAAAUACAAUUGAAAUAAAAAUAUUGGAAAACUGAAAAAAAGACAAAAAUAAAUGAAUAAAACAAUUAAAAAGGACUAUUUAAAAAUGUUACCUAAUCACAAGUAAUGUAUACUGUAAUAUUUUAAAAUGAAUACAUGAAAAUUAUCGAUGUAAAUGAAUUUAUAUACAGAAAUAUCUUUUAAAAGUCCAUUUAAUGUAAAAAUUAGUCAUUAAAAAUAAAGGGAUUAAUAAUUACAAAUACAAGGGAAGAAUUGGAAAAUAUAUACAGCACAAGUUCAUAUGUAUAAAUGAUAUAAUUAACAAUAAAAACAAGAGUAAAAAAUUAAUUAAAAAAAUAAGUGAAAAGGAAAACAAUAUCAAAUUGCAAAAUUAUUUUGAGUGUAUCAAUCUCUUUUGGUUUUAUUAUGAGUGUCCAAAAAAGGCCCCCAUGGCAGCUACUUCUGUUUGACCCAGUUUUGUAUCUGCUUUGUCCAUAUUUGGCUAAGAUUCCGUGUUUUCCUCUGAUUGGUUGUCUCGGUGUAGAAGAGCCACUUUAAAAGACCGUGUUCGUUGACCGGAAAGGGAAGGGACGCCAUGUAGAUGAGGUCGCAAAAUUCUAAUUCUUCUCGGGAGAAAAACAUUUCAUCCAUUUCAGUACUAGAAAAAAAGUUGAUUUGGCAAAGUCCCCUUUGAAUUAAUUAUCCUUAUUCUCUUCAUAAUUCCCUGGACACAACUCUUGUCUUGGAUGCCAGUGGACUGCCUGUGUAUUUAAUGAAUUGUCCCGUUUCCUCAGUCAGAGCUGGUCUCUGCUGGGUCAUGGACACUUUUUCUUUUUUUUUUUCCUUCCCCCUCCCACAUCACUUGUUUCCCAGUAAAACACACUUUUUUUUUCUUCUGCUUUGACAUAUUUUGUUUGCCACUAGAGUGACUUCAAAUGUUAAUGAAAAUUCCAUUAAUAAAAACCUCCCACACAAAAAAAUAUAGAUAUCCUUUUAAGAUAUAACAAGAGUAACCAAUAUUUUGUUUAAAAAAAAAAUGGAAAAUUCAACAUAAUGUUGCUGUCUUCUUGUUUUGGGGCAAGGGAGAAAAUGAAGAGAGCAAUAAAUAUACAUCACAGCAUAUCAUAGCAAACCUUGGGACAACACCACAGAAGCAGUGAUGGUGGAGCAAAUUAUCGAAUUCUGGUCUAUGAUCCCAACCAUCGUGAAAGUUCCUCUGUUAGCAUUUAGCUACCAGUAAGUGUGCAUCCAUCCAUCCAUCCAUUUUCUUUGCCACUUAUCCUCACGAGGGUCCCAGCUGUCAACGGGCAGGAGGUGGGGUACACCCUGAACUGGUCGCCAGCCAAUCGCAGGGCACAUUUAGACAAACAGCCGCACUCACAAUCACACCUUGGGGCAAUUUAGAGUGUCCAAUUAAUGUUGCAUGUUUUUGGGAUGUGGUAGGAAACCGGAGUGCCCGGAGAAAACCCACGUAGGCACGGGGAGAACAUGCAAACUCCACACAGGUGGGUCCAGGAUUGAAUCCGGGACCUCGGAACUGUGAGGCCAUCGCA